AUGACAACUGAAAAUAUGGGCGUCCCUCAACACAGCUUCGAUUUGUUGGAAGAACGCCGCCUUGAACUUGAAGACAACAUUCUCCAGCUACAGAAAUCCCUCUAUUACUGGCGCACGUGGGAGGCAGAGUACGACGAACUACGCGAAGAAAUCAGCGAUUUACACGACUAUGCGACUAUCCAAGAUAUCGCAACAGUUGGUAAGGAAUUCGGUGGAUCCCUUGUUGACGCCAAGGAAGUGAAGGAAAUUCUUGAAUACAAGGGCGCGCCGCGAUCUCGAGUACAGAUCGUGAACCUUCUUGGACGACGGAUCGACUAUGUGAAGCAGAAUGUUGCGACCAUGGAAAAGAGAUUCCGGGCUGCGGAAGAUGAGCUGUAUGCCUUUAACGAGGACGAUCAGGCUCGGAUCAUAGAGGGUACGAGUUUUCCGAUGCGCGAGAUCCUGGAGGAGCUGGAUGAGGAUGGCGAGGUUAUCUCUAGUACUAUUAAGACUCCUGGAGAGCAGGCACCUGAGCUUUUGGAACUUCUGAAGAAGGCUGGCGUUGAUGAUAUUCCGGAUACUACGGAAGCUGCUACGAGUGAUAUUAAGCCUGCCGCUGCAGUGCCCGAAGUGAAAGAUGAUACGCCUGAUGUUGCUACCCACCCCGAACCACAGACGAAUCAAACAACGAAUGAACAAGCGCCUACCUCUAACACAAUCGUUUCGCCAAUUGUAGUGGAGCCAGAUCUUGACCAACCCGUAUCUUUGGUCACAGAUGAUGAACGCAGUCAAGAACCAGUCACCAAUGCCGAGGAGACUGUCUAUGAAGCAGCAUUACGCCGAGAAAUGUUCCAGUACGGUAUCAAUGAGAUUGGUGCGAUCGUCGCAGAGUUGGAACUGGAUGAAGACGGCAGCGAAUUCUCUGUUGAGGAUGAGACAGAUGAAGAAGAUGAUGACUUUGGUCGUUCGCACGUGGUGCUCUCUGAUGAGUACAUUCAGCAGAUGCGGGAAUUGGAAGCUAAACUUAAUGCUCGCGGCAUGUCAAACAUGGGCAAGGAUACACAGACAUUUCCAGAGGAAGUCCGUCAAGAAAUCGAGACUUCUGCGGCGGCGGAAACCAGUGAGCCUGUCGAAACUGCCCCAGACUCUAUCAAUGGAAAGAAGGCCAAGAAACGAGUGGCCUUUGCGGACGAUCUUGAUAUCGCACCUACCACCGAGAGCCCCGCGGUAGCUGAAACUAAGAUGCUACCACCUCAAGCACAGGUGCAGGUUCUCUUGGAGUCUAUUGUCGAACGUACAGACCAGAAGCCAGAGAUCCAAGGACCUUCAACUGUCGCUCCCAAGAAGGUCUCUCGGUUCAAGAGUGCCCGUUCUUCAGAAAUCAGUGCGAAGCCAACCGGUGGGCCCUCCACCGAAGCAGCAGUCAAGCCAAGUAAGGUUUCCGAGACUGUCACUGUGCGAAAACUAAUCAACGCGGUUCCAUCUGCAACUCCUCCUGCUCUCUUCCCGGCGACUCCCAAUGAGCCCAAGCCGUUCUCAACCCCUAUCACUGAAAACUUUGAAGAUGAAAACCCUUCUGUUGCUCAUCCUCCUGAAGGAAUGACACUGGCAGACAAUCUCGUCGAACGAGAGUUCGCUCCAGGGGCCGCCAGAGCCCCUGAGCCCAACGAGCUAGACCCGGAAAUUCACCGUCGUGAAAUUGCCAGCGAAUUUUACCAAAUUCGCAACCGGAUGAUCAAAAAUAAAGGCGGCUUUGUCAACGACGAUGAGGCCGAAAUGGUCCCCAUCGAUAUCGAAGAUAAGCCGCGCGUUAGCAAGUUCAAAGCUGCCCGGAUGGGAUAG